AUGCAGUGUAAGGUGUACGACUCCAUGCUUGCCCUGUCCCAAGACCUGCAGGCUGCCCGGGCGCUCACGGUGAUCUCCAUCCUCUUGGCCAUCUUAGCAGUGCUUGUUGCCAUAGCUGGAGCAAAGUGCACCAACUGUAUUGAGGACGAGGCAUCCAAGGCCAAAGUGAUGAUCAUUUCUGGAGUGUUUUUCAUUGUAUCAGGCGUCAUGCAGCUCAUCCCAGUGUGCUGGUCUGCAAAUACCAUCAUCAGGGACUUCUACAACCCUCUGCUCACGGAUGCUCAGAGGAGGGAGCUGGGAGCCGCCUUGUAUAUCGGAUGGGCAGCAGCGGCACUCCUAAUCCUGGGAGGGGGACUGCUAUGUUGCUCCUGCCCGCCACGAGAGACCAGGUACAACCCAUCCCGGAUGGCCUACUCAGUGCCUCGCUCCGCAGGGGGGCCGGCUUUGGAGAGGAAAGACUAUGUGUAA